GAUAACUUUAGACAAAAGAUGUUGACCUUCACGCCUCUCUUCUUAGACCCCACGCGCCACACUCUCACGGUGAGAACAUAAAUAUCAAUCUCUCUUUUACCGCCUCCUACCCAUUUAUCUCUCUCUUUCUCAAAACCUUUCAGUCAAAAUUCUCCGGCGGCUUUUAAACUAUGUGAAGGAGGAGAACCUCCAUAACAAGAAGCGGAUUCUCUCAGUUUUCCGGCGGCGGAGGAACACAAAGCCACCGGUUUUUAGACACACAGAUUUCAUUUUCAGUUGUUAAAUGGUAACUAGAGAAACGAAGUUGACGUCAGAGCGAGAAGUAGAGUCGUCCAUGGCGCAAGCGAGACAUAAUGGAGGAGGUGGUGGUGAGAAUCAUCCGUUUACUUCUUUGGGAAGACAAUCCUCUAUCUACUCAUUGACCCUUGACGAGUUCCAACAUGCUUUAUGUGAGAACGGCAAGAACUUUGGGUCCAUGAACAUGGACGAGUUUCUUGUCUCUAUUUGGAACGCAGAGGAGAAUAAUAACAAUCAACAACAAGCAGCAGCAGCUGCAGGUUCACAUUCUGUUCCGGCUAAUCACAAUGGUUUCAACAACAACAAUAACAAUGGAGGCGAGGGUGGUGUUGGUGUCUUUAGUGGUGGUUCUAGAGGCAACGAAGAUGCUAACAAUAAGAGAGGGAUAGCGAACGAGUCUAGUCUUCCUCGACAAGGCUCUUUGACACUUCCAGCUCCGCUUUGUAGGAAGACUGUUGAUGAGGUUUGGUCUGAGAUACAUAGAGGUGGUGGUAGCGGUAAUGGAGGAGACAGCAAUGGACGUAGUAGUAGUAGUAAUGGACAGAACAAUGCUCAGAACGGCGGUGAGACUGCGGCUAGACAACCGACUUUUGGAGAGAUGACACUUGAGGAUUUCUUGGUGAAGGCUGGUGUGGUUAGAGAACAUCCCACUAAUCCUAAACCUAAUCCAAACCCGAACCAAAACCAAAACCCGUCUAGUGUAAUACCCGCAGCUGCACAGCAACAGCUUUAUGGUGUGUUUCAAGGAACCGGUGAUCCUUCAUUCCCGGGUCAAGCUAUGGGUGUGGGUGACCCAUCAGGUUAUGCUAAAAGGACAGGAGGAGGAGGGUAUCAGCAGGCGCCACCAGUUCAGGCAGGUGUUUGCUAUGGAGGUGGCGUUGGGUUUGGAGCGGGUGGACAGCAAAUGGGAAUGGUUGGACCGUUAAGCCCGGUGUCUUCAGAUGGAUUAGGACAUGGACAAGUGGAUAACAUAGGAGGUCAGUAUGGAGUAGAUAUGGGAGGGCUAAGGGGAAGGAAAAGAGUAGUGGAUGGUCCAGUGGAGAAAGUAGUGGAGAGAAGACAGAGGAGGAUGAUCAAGAACCGCGAGUCUGCUGCUAGAUCUAGAGCAAGAAAACAAGCAUAUACAGUGGAAUUGGAAGCUGAACUUAACCAGUUGAAAGAAGAGAAUGCGCAGCUAAAACAUGCAUUGGCGGAGUUGGAGAGGAAGAGGAAGCAACAGGUAAAGACACCUAUUGAGUUUGCAUUACUAAGAUGGUUGCAGUAUUUUGGUCAGAAGAAAACUACAAAAUGGAAUUGUUGGUUUAUGGUUGCAGUAUUUUGAGAGUUUGAAGUCAAGGGCACAACCGAAAUUGCCGAAAUCGAACGGGAGAUUGCGGACAUUGAUGAGGAACCCGAGUUGUCCACUCUAAACAAACAAUAGGAAGAUGGAGAAGAAGUCGGAGACAGAACGAGGGAAAAACUGAUGAUUUUCUACGUUGUUGUUUUGUCUUUGAGGAAUGAGGUUAUAGAAUCUUUAUACUUUGAUGUUUUCUGUGUUGGUAGGAGGAACACCAUCUGAUCUGCUUUACUAGUGUUCCCUGUGAACAAAGAAAGUGAUUCUGUGUUUCAACAUCAUCAAUCUUUGGAAAAUAUAACGAGUGUUAU